AUGGCAUACGGUCAACGUGAUAGCGGCAAAGGCCAUAUUCGAGAUGCGUCAGUGGGAAGCGGGUGGGAUUUUAAUACCAUCCGGUUAUCGUCUACUAGUGUUCAACAGGAGUUAAAAGCUCAAGCUUCUGCGGCUGCGGCCGCCGCAGAAGCUGCAGAUGCUGGUCAAAGCGAUCAUGGCAUUUGUGCGGCGGAAAGAGAAAACAAAAAUUCAUCAGUCGUAUUGGUGUCUUCUUGUACGUCACCACUUCAUGAGGUGGAGAACGAGGACGAAGGCGAAGAGGACGAGGCAUUUGAAAGUAUUGUAAAACCCGCGAUCAGUGAAGUGCUGGAGCGCGUUCUUCAUUCGCCUAGUAUAGGGUUCAUGACGCCAAUUCAUCGUGAUGCUGCAGAGGCUGCUACGGAGAUGCAAGAAGACCUCCUCUUUGAGCUGCUGCACGUGUUUGAUAAUGUAAGUCAACAGAAAGGUCUACUACGGCAAGUGCUGCGGAGCUUAGCCGACUACACAAACGCAAAAAUGCCCUCCUCCAGCGCAAAUGCAAACGGUACCACAGGAAACACAUUGUCACAGACAUUAUAA